CCACUGCCCGGCCGGGUGGUGUUGCAGUCGUUCGCGACCGGGGAGCCCAGUGGGGUGUUAUGCUGUGUGGCAGGCUAGCCAACCGGAUCGUCUUGGCCCCGCCUGCGGGGCCAUGGCAGUAGCCUCCUCGUCCUCCGCUGCCGAUAGCCCCGCCGAGUCUCUGGCUUCUGCACGCAGGACCUCCACCGCCUCCGCAGGCUAAGAACCGCUGCCGCCUCCGAGUUCUGAGGGCUACUAUGCUCCCUCUUUGCUGCCGCCUACCCCUCCCGCCAGCGCAGGCACCCUCAGCCCCGCCUCAGUGUCAAAGUGGAAGAGAAGUAAAACUCAACAAAAUUUUUUAUGUGUGGAGCUCCUUCUUAAAAGAAACAAGUGAUUAUUGAGACUAUGGAUCGGAGCAAACGGAAUUCCAUUGCAGGAUUUCCUCCACGUGUAGAGCGUCUUGAAGAUUUUGAAGGAAGUGGUGGAGGAGAUGGGAAUGUGAUCCAGAUGGGAAGAGUUUGGCCAUCUUCGUAUCGAGCUCUUAUAAGUGCCUUUUCCAGACUGACACGUUUAGAUGAUUUCACCCGUGAAAAAAUAGGGUCUGGCUUUUUCUCUGAAGUGUUCAAGGUGCGCCACCGAGCUUCUGGUCAGGUGAUGGCUCUUAAGAUGAACACGCUGAGCAGUAACCGGGCAAACAUGCUGAAAGAAGUGCAGCUCAUGAAUAGAUUGUCCCAUCCCAACAUUCUCAGGUUCAUGGGUGUGUGCGUACAUCAAGGACAAUUGCAUGCACUUACAGAGUAUAUCAACUCUGGAAACCUGGAACAGUUGCUAGACAGUAACCUGCAUUUGCCCUGGACUGUGAGGGUGAAACUGGCCUAUGAUAUAGCAGUGGGCCUCAGCUACCUUCACUUCAAAGGCAUAUUCCAUCGGGACCUCACAUCUAAGAACUGCCUGAUAAAGAGGGAUGAGAAUGGUUACUCUGCAGUGGUAGCUGACUUUGGCCUGGCUGAGAAGAUUCCUGAUGUCAGCACCAGGAGUGAAAAGCUGGCUGUGGUGGGCUCACCCUUCUGGAUGGCUCCCGAGGUUCUCCGAGAUGAGCCCUACAAUGAGAAGGCGGACGUGUUCUCUUACGGUAUCAUCCUCUGUGAGAUCAUUGCCCGCAUCCAGGCUGAUCCGGACUAUCUUCCUCGCACAGAGAACUUUGGGCUGGACUAUGAUGCCUUUCAACAUAUGGUGGGAGACUGUCCCCCACACUUUCUGCAGCUCACCUUCAACUGCUGUAAUAUGGAUCCCAAACUACGCCCAUCCUUUGUGGAGAUCGGGAAGACCCUGGAGGAAAUUCUAAGUCACCUACAGGAGGAAGAGCUGGAGAGGGACAAGAAGCUGCAGCCCACAACCAAGGGACUCUUGGAGAAAGGACCUGGGGUGAAGCGACUGAGCUCACUGGAUGACAAGAUCCCUCCCAAGUCCCCACGCCCAAGACGUACUAUCUGGCUGUCUCGAAGCCAGUCAGACAUUUUCUCCUGUAAGCCUCCACGUACAGUGAAUGUCUUAGACCCCUACUACAGGCCACAGCAAAGUGGUGCUGUGCGCACCCCCAAGGUCAACCCUUUCAGUGCUCGCCAGGACCUCAAAGGUGGCAAGAUCAAGUUCUUUGACCUGCCCAGCAAGUCUGUCAUCUCCCUGGUAUUUGACCUGGAUGCACCAGGGCCCGGAACUAUGCCCAUGGCUGAUUGGCAGGAGCCCCUGGCCCCACUUCCUCGCCGGUGGCGUUCUUUGCCUGGUUCACCAGAGUUCUUGCAUCAAGAGGCCUGUCCAUUUGUGGGCCAAGAAUCACUAUCUGAUGGGCCCCCACCACGCCUCAGUAGUCUCAAGUACAGAGUAAGAGAGAUCCCACCCUUCCAAACAUCUGCCCUAUCAGCUGCUCUAGCCCAGGAGGCCAUGGACUGCUCCAGUUCCCAGGAAGAGAACGGUUUUGGGCCAAGGCCCCAGGGGUCCAGUCAAUGCCUUGCAAGUGCCUCAGAGGAGAUGGAGGUAGAAGAAGAAAGGCUGAGAGGCUUGGCUUCAUUCCCCUUCUCUGUCUCAGGCACAGGCCCGAAAACCCAGGGAGAGCAGGAUGGGUGAAGAGGUUAGUCCCUACCUUACCUUGGGGAUGGACCUUCAGCUGAAGCCACAGGGCCCCCCUGGUGCACAGCCUUGACUCUUUAGGGACCCACAGAGCAGGGAGACUAGGCCAAGUCAGGCUUAGCUUUGGGGCUCCCAGUGCCGACUGGCUUUGUAUAAGAGGGGAGGCAGCAGUGAGAGGCCUUCCUAGUUACGGCCAACAGCUGAUACCAAGCCUCUGAAAUCUAGCAAGGAGCUCUGGCUCCCACCUGACCCCCCAGUGCACUUCCCGACAGGACCAGAGGACUCCUAAUGCUACUUUGAGCUGGUAGGCAGCUAAUACCCCAGGUGUAUCUCUUGCCCUUCCCUGGGGCAUAUAAGCUACUGGAUAGAACUUGGAGCUGACCAGGUAGCCAUGGCUAUUUCUCAGACCUGAAGACUGGGCGCUUCUUGCCAGUAUGUCUAAGACACUUGAAUAAUUGCUGUUUGCACUUACUGCACGGUCAGACCACAUCACUACAUUUCUAUGCAAGGGAGGGCAAGGCUGUGUGGUGGUCAAGGCUCUUAGCUAACCUAUUCAAAGAUCUUUAGCAGUUGAUUAAUCUAUUUUCGUAUUUAUGAAGGAGUCUUAGUGUUCUGCCCUAUAAGACUUUCAACCUUGUGGUUGGGAGUGGGGCUGGUUUUGUAGCCCCUAGGGCCUGCUCUAUGUAUUUGUCAACACACGAUUGGUUAAAUGGUUUGUUUAUACAUGCACUGAUUUUCUUCCCUUCCUGCUAUGGCUGGAGCUAUGGGAACUGUCUGUCCUUACAGAGUCGCAAUAAGAAAUAACCAAAGAUGAAGCUUGUCAAGUAUUUUCAUAACUUGUCUCUGUUGAUUUUUUUGGUACAACUUUCCCAAGACACUUUCAGUUUUAAAAAUAAAUAAAGUUGGUGUUACAGGUGC